AUGGCGCCACCACUACCAAAAGACAGCACUAACCACGAGCCGAGUGAAUUUGCGGCAGCGCAUUUAGCGACUGCUCUACCAAACACUGGUUAUUAUGACCCAAACGAUUCUUCCAAUAAACCGACCAUGGUUGAACUUAACAGACCUGUAGAAGUUCUCCCGGGCGCUAAUUCCCAGGCGGUUGAUCCUGCAACGGGAAUACCAUACAUGGUUGCAACAACGCGAAGAGAAGGAUGCACAUUUACAUGCAGUUGGGAAAUGGCUGUCUCAGUAUUUGCUGUCCUGCUAAUUUUGGUCGGAAUUAUACUGUUGGGCGUUGGGCUAUCAAAUUGCGAUGAGUACUAUUGUGAUCCGGUCAUGUAUGGUGCUGGUAUUGCACUUUUGUGUAUAGGAGUUUUUAUGGGUAUAAGUGUCAUAGUUGUAAUUUUGGUUCGUCGCCACAAUCGGGUAACCACUACUAUCAACCAUAGUUAA